AUGCCCCGCCAACAAAUCAACCUAGAUCCCUACCGCGACGAGAUCAUCUCCCUCUUCCAACACGGCAUCAGUAGCGACUCCAUCAGCCGCACCCUCGAAAGCCGAUAUAACAUCCAAGUGCGCGAGCGCACGAUCCAGUCCCGGCUACGCAAGUGGGGGAUCCGCAAGCGACACCGCACCACGACGGCUGAUGAACCUCUGCAUGCGCGCAUCAAGCUGCUUUUCGUGCACGAUAGAUUGACCGACAAGGCGAUGCUCAAGCUCCUCAGGCAGGAGGGGUACGAUAUCUCGGAGCGGACGCUGAGACGGCUCAGGUUUCGACUGGGGCUUCAUGCCCGGGCAGAGCGGCAGGACCAUAUACCGAAAAGCUCGGAGAGUCCAGAGGACGAGGAGGAAGAGUCCUCCCGGAGAGACUCGGGGUUCGACGGAGCCGGCGGAGUCCACAAUGGCCACUCAUGUCAUAGCGAACCGUCUCCUCCUCUCAUAUUACCCAACGCGCCAACUUGA